AUGGAUGAGCUGGAGGAGAAGAAGGAGCCUCCUGGUCAGUCUGUCCAGUCUACUGAAGACCAGAAGAAGUCCACCCAGGACCAGGAUGGGGGCAGCAGUGAUGAAUGGGACACUGACCUGGAAACAGAUGGUAUAGUUCAUCUUCAACACCCUCCCAUUUUCCGUCUAGGUCCGACCACUCGCACCCAGAGCUUGUCCCGUACAGAGCUGUACCUGCAGGCCUGUCGGCAGGCAAGAACCGUCCCUGUUUCCUCCUUCAUCCGUAAUUUGGAUAAAACCGAUCUAAACUUGAACCAUUAUGGAAUGGGACCCCAGGGGGUUAAAGCUUUGGCCAGAGCUCUGGAAAAUGACACCGUUAUCACCCACCUGGAGCUGGAGGACAACUCACUUGGGGCAGAAGGAAUACGCCAUCUGGUGGAGAUGCUUGACCAGAACGCCACCAUUCAGAGUCUAAAUCUUUCCAACAACCAGCUGGGCUACAAAGGAGCUAAAAUCAUCUCCAAGUUUCAGUCAAACAAUUAUGAUCUCAAAUACAUCAAACUCUCAGAUAACGGCUUUGAUGCUUCUGCUGCUAAAUGUUUAGCGGAUGCUUUAAGGGGUGACUACGUGGUCAAAGAGCUGGACCUCAGUCACAACAAAUUCUGUGAACAAGGAGGAAAACACCUGGGCCAUAUGUUAGAAACCAAUGCAGGUAUCGAAGAGUUGAAUCUGAGCUGGAGUCUGCACAGUGUGGUGGAUCUGUGUGCCGGUCUGGAGCUCAACCUGACUCUGAAGCGGCUCUACCUGACGCACAACAAAUUUGGCCACAGCCAGGCGAAGUCACUGGGCCAAGCGCUGAAAGUCAACAGCACACUUGUGUUGCUGGACCUGAGCGAUAACCUGAUAGACGACGAGGCUGUGACGCCGCUCUGCCAGGGCCUCGCCUCCAACAUCACCCUCGUAGUUCUCAAGCUGUCCAAUAACCCCGUGACAAACCUCGGAGCGACGACGCUGCUCAAAACUGUUGUCAACAACACGGAAUCAGCACUGAAGGACGUUGAUAUUUCUGGGGUGUUUGUGCACGAGGCCUUCAUUGAGCUGCUGCAAAAAGCCCGUCAGGGGCGUCCUGCUCUGAAUGUCCAGUACGGCGUCAUGGACUUCGUCACCAGGAACUUAUCUGCCCUCCCCAUCUUCAAGAAAUUCCUUGAAGAGCAAAAUUUGAGCAUCACGGAUUUCUUCAAAACUUUGGACAAAGACGGAACAAUGAAGGUUCCCACCUCUGUCUUCAGGAGAGCCGUAAUGGAAGCAAACCUACCUCUGGAUCAGCGUCAGCGAGCAUAUCUGGUCCGGCAGUUUGACAAGAUCAUCACAGGAACCAUAGCCUACAGGUCAGUCUGGCAGUUGGAUCAACAGAAUAAUCAGGGUUUUCUUGUUUGUCAGGACAGAGCACAUCAUUUACAAGCGUUUUCAUUUGGAUGUAAUUUAGUUGAAGCCAUCACCUGCUGUGAAGAUUUUGUGGGUCCAGCGGUAACCACAGAGUAG